AUGAAGGAAGCGCAACAUUGGGUCAAGCAACGGCAACGCGAGCUGGGAAUCUCAUUGACCGUCAUCUACCCGCUCAACAACCUUGGUGGCGGCAAGGUCUACGGCUGCAAGACGCCGUCGCACCACCGAUGCGGCAAGUGCAAGUACGAGUUGCGCAUCGUUGCCAAGGUCGUCCGAAAGCAAUGCGUCGGGUUCCGCGUGGAUGAGCGCCAUCGCCACAACGCUGCCUCCUCGGACGAUUCCGACGACGCGCCGAGCGCAAAGAAAAGCCGCACGUCGCAUGCUGAAUCCGUCGACGUCAGCGGCAUUGAGCCCACGCUACGGGACCGUGUCGACGCUCUGGCGAUGACCAAGGCAGGACCCAAGGUCAUUCUCGAGCGCCUUUGCCUCGACUAUGCCCAUGAUCUGUACAUGAUGAGAAACAUGCCGUCGGCAGGACAAGUCAAGAGCCGCGUGGCCAUGCCAUUGACGAUCCCAGCGAGCUCACCUUGA